GAGACUGAUGAUUUCGAUAUCAACUCCAUCGACUUUAGCGACUUGGAAGAAGAGUUUAAAGUUACUCCUAAUUCUAGCUUUGAACAAAUCAUCAUUCUUGAUGGCUUGCCUGUCGUUGAUGAAGCAAAGGCUGUCAAACUAACCAAUGCCAUUGGAAAGAUCUUCAAGGAAAUCAAUGGUGGAAUCAUCACUGGUGGCAUAUCUAUGCCCAAAGACAAUAAGACCAAUAUGACUAAAGGAUAUGCGUUUAUUGAAUUCUCAACUGGUGCGGCUGCUGACAUGGCCGUCAUUCUUGGCAAUGGCUUCAAGUUGGAUAAAAAUCACACUCUGUCUGCUAUCAAGUUUGAUGAUGUAGAGAUGUAUGCCAAUGUUCCAGACAAGUUUAUACCUCCUCCAGAAAAAACAUUUCAGCCCAAAGAACAUUUAAAAUCUUGGUUGGCUGAUCCCAGAUGUCGUGAUCAGUGGGUCAUGAUCAAGGAAGAUGAAGUCACUGUUUACUACAAUAAUAAGGCUGAAAAACCUGAAAAAGUCGAGAGUCGCAUGAAAUGGACAGAUUCCUACGUUGCGUGGUCUCCUCAAGGCAUAUACCUCGUCACCGUACACAAGCAAGGAAUUGCUCUAUGGGGAGGUCCUAGCUGGAAUAAACUCUGUCGUUUUGAACAUCCAAAUGUCAAGAUGCUUGAAUUUAGUCCCAACGAAAAGUAUGUUGUGACUUGGAGCCACGAGCCCUUUAAAACCCCAGAAAAUGCUUUCCAGCAUUUUAUUGUUUGGGAUGUCAGCACUGGACGCCAGCUGCGUACUUUUGGUAAUGAAGGCACCGGUAUAAAUCCCAACGAGCCUCGUUCAGGACCAGCUACCACCAUCAAAAUUGACUGGCCCGUGUUCAAAUGGUCAUUCGAUAGUUCAUAUAUUGCAAGAAUGACUACAGGACCACAGGGCGGUAUAAGCGUUUACGAACUUCCCGAAAUGGGAUUGCUGGACAAGAAGAGCAUCAAAGUAGAAAACAUCCAGUCAUUUGAUUGGUCUCCAUCAUCCAAUCGCCUUGGAUUCUGGACUCCUGAAUCCGGCAACAUCCCUGCGCGUGUGACUGUUAUAGAAAUGCCUUCCCGCAAGAUCACUCGUACAAAAAAUUUGUUUGGUGUCAUUGAUUGUAAACUCAGUUGGCAAAACGAUGGUGCAUAUGUGCUGGUACAAAUCACUCGCCAAAAAACCAAGAAGCAGACCGUGACUAGCUUUGAGAUUUUCCGAAUGAAUGAAAAGGAGAUUCCUGUGGAUGUCGUCGAGCACAAGCAAACCGAAGAUGUCAUGUCUACUUUUUGGGAGCCUCAUGGCAACCGCUUUGCCGUACUCUCCACCGAAGCCCAAAAAACAUUUAUCAAUUUUUACGAAGUUGAACCUCAUACAAGCACUUCGGCCAACAUUGGCACCAAAUUGCUCAAGUCUCAGGAAGUGAAGGGCAUCAAUCAAAUCAGCUGGUCUCCCAAGGGUAGAUUCUGUGUUUUGGCUGGCCUUCGUGGUAUGCAGGGUGAUCUUCAGUUUUGGGAUGUAGAUGAUUUGACCAUUCUCAACACGGGUGACCAUUACAUGUGCACUGAUAUUGAAUGGGAUCCCACUGGUCGCUACCUCGUAACAUCCAUUUCGGCAUGGCGUGUUCAAAGCGACAACGGAUUCAUCAUGUGGAAUUUUGCUGGACAACAGAUUACCAAACAAAGCGUAAACCAAUUCAAGCAAUUUGUCUGGCGUCCACGACCCAAGACACUGCUCAGUGCUACUCAACAAAAGACAAUCAGCAAGAAUCUCAAAGAGUACAGUGCUCGAUUUGAUCGUCAGGAUGCUAUGGAGACCAACAAGGUAUCUCAAGAAGUUCAAGAAGAGCGUAUUGCACUUUGGCGUGCGUGGAUGGCAUACAAGGCCAAAUGUCAGGAAAAAUACAACCAAGAUCGUCCUACUCGUAUUUCUCUGUAUGGCGGUGUUGAUCCUGAUAUCAAUAGUCGCCAAUCUGAAAAUGUCGAAGAACUUGAAGAAUGGAUUGAGGAGAUUAUUGACGAGACUGAAGAAAUUAUUGAUUAAAUAUGAUCUAUAUGAAUU